ACUUCAUAAUCAUGAUAUCUUACAAGAUUAACUACAUCUUAUUACAGAUUUUAGAGAGUAAGAGAGAAUUUAGAGAAUAAUUUUGAAAGAUUAGUAAAAUAUUCGAGAAGAUUAGCAAAGGAUGUCAAAUUCAAUAAGAUGUGCAGCAUGUAGAUAUUUGAGAAGGAAGUGUCCCAAAGAUUGCAUUUUUGGACCCUACUUUCCUUCAAUUAAUCUUGAGAGAUUUGCUUGUGUCCAUAAAAUCUUUGGAGCCAGCAAUAUUGCCAAGAUGUUAAAGCAACUUCCGGAGGAAAGGAGGAAGGAGGCAGCAGAGAGCCUGGUACAAGAAGCGAGGUCACGGGUUCGAGACCCAGUGUAUGGAAGUGUUGGGACAAUAACUCAACUCAUAGAACAAAUAAUGGAAGCUGAAUAUGAGUUAGCUAAAACGCAAGGUCUCAUUGCCUUGUUCCAUGCACAAUAUCUACGUGAACAUCAACAUAAUUAUAUAGAACCGUUUAACAAAACCUUAACUGCUCAAAUUCAGGAUGAUUUACAUUUUGAUCAUUUCACUGUUGAAUCCUACUUAUAAUACUCCAUUAAUUAGUUAGCUAAUCUGAUUCUCUUUGAAAUAUUGUACUGAGAUUUAGCCUUGGAACAGUGAAAUAAAGUUGAAAACAUAUGAUC